AUGUCUGGUAACUGGUCUCAGUAUAACGCGUCUCUGCUGCCCGUCUGGACGGCGCCCAGCUUCACCCCUGCUGCUCAGGCCCGUGUGGCGGCGACUGCGCUGCUGUUCGUGUUCGCGGCGGGCAGCAACCUGGCGCUCCUGGUGAGUGUGGAUUCUCUGAGGCGCAGCGGAACAGACAUGAUCCCGAAGGCCAGGAUGAAGACGCUGAAGAUGACCCUCAUCAUUGUGCUGUCCUUCGUGGUGUGCUGGACACCGUAUUACCUGCUGGGCAUCUGGUACUGGUUCCAGCCGGAGAUGCUGACGGUGACGCCCGAGUACGUCCACCACCUGCUGUUUGUGUUCGGGAACCUGAACACCUGCUGCGACCCUGUGAUCUAUGGCCUGUACACACCCUCCUUCCGCUCCGAUCUGACCCGCUUCUGCUGCUGCCGGCACAACAAGAACACCCCGCGGCCUCAGCAACCCACCAGACACACAUAA